GGCUAGCUGCCAGCCGGAACAUCCAUCUCUCAGUUAUUACCCGGUGACAUUGGGGCGAUCCGGCAGCUGAGAGCAGAGCAGCCAGGCAGGAGGACGUGCUGAGACUUGUAGUUCUACCGCAGCUGACAGCACAGAGCAGGAUGGAGACCAUUGUCCGCCGUUGCCCCUUCCUCUCCCGGGUCUCGCAGACCUUCCUGCAGAAGGCAGGCAAGUCGCUGAUCUCCUACGCCCAGAACUGCCCGGUGAUGAUGAGCCCCAGAUCCCUGUCCACCUCCACCGCGCACCAUAAGGAGGCGAAGGAUACCCCGUCCCGGGAGCAGAAAGCUCAGAUGACUACGAGUGCAGCCCCGGGAGCCGCCGCUGCUACGCCCCAAAUGCCAGCAGAUCACGUGGCUGCCGCCAGCGGCCAGGCUGCUUCCAAAUGUCCCUUCCUGGCCGCAGAGAUGACCCACGAAAGCAGCAGCGUGUUCCGGAAGGCCAGCCUCGCCCUGCAGGAGGAUGUCCAUGAGAUGCAGAGCAUGAGGAAAGAUCCUGCGAGUGAGCCAGCGGCCACUAGAUCCAGCCCACAGAAGAAGAUCGGGGUGUUGGAGACAUUUCAGGAGCGGGUUCUUCAUCAGAAGCCGGAGCUGGUCUCUCACCUCCUGCAGGAUAACAUGCCAAAAUCAGUGCGCACCUUCAAGUACGACCAGUUUUUCGAGAAGAAGAUUGAAGAAAAGAAAAAUGACCACACCUACCGCGUCUUCAAAACGGUCAACCGGCGGGCGCAGGUCUUCCCGAUGGCGGAUGACUAUUCCGACUCGCUGAUCAGUAAAAAGACCGUCUCCGUCUGGUGCAGCAACGACUACCUGGGAAUGAGCCGCCACCCGAAGGUGGUGGGUGCCGUCAUGGAAACGCUAAAACACCACGGAGCCGGCGCAGGUGGCACCAGGAACAUCUCGGGAACCAGUAAGUUCCAUGUGGAUUUGGAGCAUGAAUUGGCCGACCUCCACGGAAAGGACGCCGCGCUGCUCUUCUCCUCGUGCUUCGUGGCGAAUGAUUCCACGCUCUUCACGCUGGCCAAGAUGUUACCCGGCUGUGAAAUCUACUCUGACGCUGGAAACCAUGCCUCCAUGAUUCAGGGUAUCCGGAACAGCGGGGCGGCGAAGCACAUCUUCCGCCACAAUGACGUUGGUCAUCUCCGGGAGCUGCUAAAGAACUCCGACCCAUCAAUCCCUAAGAUUGUUGCCUUUGAGACUGUCCAUUCCAUGGAUGGUGCCGUCUGUCCCCUGGAGGAGAUGUGUGACGUGGCACACGAGUACGGAGCCAUAACAUUUGUGGAUGAAGUGCACGCGGUCGGGUUGUACGGCUCGCGGGGAGGCGGGAUAGGAGACCGUGAUGGGGUCAUGAAUAAAAUGGAUAUUAUCUCUGGCACACUUGGGAAAGCGUUCGGCUGCGUCGGAGGAUACGUCGCCAGCACCAGCGAUCUGAUAGACACCGUCCGCUCCUACGCCGCUGGUUUCAUUUUCACGACCUCUCUCCCCCCAAUGCUGCUCUCCGGAGCGAUGGCCUCCGUCAGGCUGCUGAAGAGCGAAGAAGGCCAAGCCCUCCGCCGCCAGCACCAGCGCAACGUCAAGCUUCUGCGGCAAAUGCUGAUGGACGCCGGCCUCCCGGUGGUGCAUUGCCCUAGCCACAUCAUCCCCAUCAGAGUUUCAGAUGCUGCAAAGAACACGGCCAUCUGUGACAAACUGAUGAGCCAUUAUGACAUCUACGUCCAAGCCAUCAAUUACCCCACAGUCCCGCGGGGGGAGGAAAUGCUGCGGAUCGCCCCAACCCCGCACCACAAUCCUCAGAUGAUGAACUAUUUCUUGGAAAAACUGCUGAAGACCUGGCAGGACGUGGGCCUGGAGCUCCGCCCCCAUUCCACCGCAGAGUGUAACUUCUGCCGGCAGCCGCUGCACUUCCAGGUGAUGAGCGAGAGGGAGAAAUCCUACUUCUCCGGCCUCAGCAAGAUGGUUUCCGCCAGUGCCUAACGCCAAGGGCUCAUGUGGCGCCAGAGUCUAUAGUAAAAGAUUUAUAUGUCAUGUACCAGAACAGUGUAGUAUGUCCACAGAUUAUAAGUAUUGUUAUUGCCAAUGGAUGUUAUUAAAAUGUCUUUCAUAUGGUAAA